AUGAUAUCACCUCUCUAUUCAGGCAAUGGCAACGCAAAGUCGCAAAGCAGCAAGAGCAGCAGCGGCGGCCAGCUAUGGCUACUAAUGGAGACUUUUCUUCUUCAAACCCUGGGUUUUCCAGAAUGUGACUCUCGGCUCGGCGGUACACCUCUUUAUUAUCUUCCUGGUUUUUCGAAUCGAAGUUUAAGUUGGUUUGCUUUGGAAAUUUAUAACAGAACUGCACCUUUUUUCUUUGGUCGUCAUCAUCUUCAUCAUAGGCAGCAGAAUUGUAAGAGUUCUCUUUGGUGGGCAUUUUGUGUGGUAAAAGUGAUUUGGUAUUCUGGAUGCAAAGGCUUUGCGUGGUUUCGGUCAGUUUCGGUUAUUCGAUGGAUGAACGUUAAGGUAUGUACCUACAAGUUUGUCUCCUCUCCGUCCACAAUGCAUCAUAGGAAAAUGGUCAUAUGAGUAGCUAAAUACGAUUGCUAUGUGGGAUGAUUUGAAGUGAAGUUUUGUGUGUUUGAUUUUGAAUUUUUGCUGGCCACAAGUCUUGGUUUAGUUUGAUGGUUUGAAUUUUUGUAUUUAUUUUUGUUUUGUAUGCUUUUCAAACUCUUUCGUGAGGAAUAAUCUUGAGGUCUAAUGUGAGUUGGUUAUUUGCUUAGGCUUGGGUAUUAUGUACAUACCUCGAGUGAUUAAGUCCGAGUUG